CGAAACACGCUUGGCUCCUCCACCUUACCCAGUCUUUCUUUCGCCCAUUUCAUUAUCGCCUGCAGGGUUUUUGCGAGCGGCCCCAGGUACAUAGACGCGUUGCUACAGCCACCUACGCGCAACAACCAUGUCAUCGCGAGUAACCCGAUCACAGACCGGCAAGACGCCAGUCAAGCCCGAACGCCCUGGCUUCGUCGAGACUCCCGGCCGCAGGAGGUCACAGCGGCGCAAAUCCGUCGUAGCUGACGACGACACCUUCGAAUCCACACCAGAACCCGAACAACUCCAAACGUCAAGAGACACCACCAUGAGGCUUGAGAAAGACAAUGCCGCCAAUGGCUAUGCAAACGGCAACGGAACUGCAAACGGCCACUCCAACGGAAGCGCAAAUGGCCACUCCAAGCAAGAGAUCAUCGAGCUGGACUACAGAGGCGAGGCGGAAAAAUUUUUCGCUCCCAAAGACUCUUCAGGUCUGAACGAGUUUGGCGGCGCCUUUGGUAUGAGCGCCAUGAUGAUUUGCUUCCCGGCCCUCAUGUACUACAUGUGGAUUGGAGCCACCUUUUACGACGGCAAAUUCCCCUCGCGCGUCGAGGGCCAGAGCUGGCAAGACUUUUUCGCCCACAUGUGGUACCUGGUCAAGACGGAGGCGUACCCCAGCAACAAGGCAUGGCAGAUUUACUGGUUCUUCGGAUUGAUGCAGAUGGCUUUUUACAUGUUUAUGCCUGGUGUGUACCGCAAGGGCAAGGCGCUGCCGCACCUGGAUGGAAAGCAGCUCGACUACUACUGCUCGGCCAUGUGGUCGUUUUACUCGAGCAUCGUCAUCAUGCUGGUGCUCCACUUUACCGACGUAUUCAGGCUGUACACGCUGAUUGACGAGUUUGGCCACAUCAUGAGUGUAGCCAUCCUUUCUGGUUUCCUGUGCUCGGCCAUUGCCUACGUCUCGGCUCGUGUGCGCGGCGCCACGGUGCGCAUGACAGACAACCUCAUUGUCGACUUCUUCCUUGGCUCCGAGCUCAACCCGCGUCUCUUUGGCAUCCUGGACUUUAAGAUGUUCCUCGAAGUCCGGAUCCCGUGGUUCAUCCUCUUCUUCCUCUCGCUCGGCACGUGCCUGAAGCAGUACGAGCAAUACGGCUACGUGUCCAUGGAAGCCAUCUUCCUGCUCUUCGCGCACUACCUGUAUGCCGGGGCGUGCGCCAAGGGCGAGCACCUCAUCAUCACAACCUGGGACAUGUACUACGAGAAGCUGGGCUUCAUGCUCAUUUUCUGGAACAUGGCGGGCGUUCCCCUCUCAUACUGCCACUGCACCCUCUUCAUCGCGUACCACGACCCCUCCGAGUACGACCUGCCGACGUGGUUCACGGCGCUCCUGACAGUCGCCUACCUGUACAUGUACUACAUCUGGGACACGACCAACUCGCAGAAGAACCAGUUCCGCCAGGAAGAGCGCGGCGUCGUCGAGGAACGCACUACGUUCCCUUACUUCAAGUACGGCCGCAUCAAGAACCCAAAGACCAUCCAGACGGCCCAUGGCAACAAGAUUCUCGUCGACGGCUGGUACGGCAAAGCUCGCAAGAUCCAUUACACCUGCGACUUCUUCUUCGCUGUUAGCUGGGGCCUCAUCACCGGCUUCAGCAGCGCGUUCCCUUGGUUCUACUCUGUCUUCUUUGCCGGCAUGAUUAUCCACCGCGCCAUGCGCGACAUUGAGAAGUGCAGGGAAAAAUACGGCGAGGCGUGGACAGAGUACGAGAGACAGGUGCCGUAUCUCUUUAUUCCGUACGUCUUUUAAAUCCCACACAUACAUAUACACGAAUCACGCUUGCUGCUCGGGAAACACACACACACACACACACACACACAAAUUCGAAUAGUCUUUGCUUUCGUCCGCGGAUAUCAACUCUGUUCAUAUGUUUGAUGAUGACUUCUAACCGGCCUAUUGGAAAAGUGGGGAGGAUGCAGGAUGCGGGGGUGCUUGUAUUUACAUGUAUAAUCUGGUCUCGACAUGAAGGUUCCUUUAAC